GCAGAGACCUACGCUAGUUUGACGCACGUAAUUCGACCCACAUGUUGUAAACAAAACAAAAUGCCUACAGCUCAGCCGAUAGUAACUGUUGUUCGCGCUGGACGCCAAAGUUACGCAGCUGGACUGCGGUUGCAAGCAGAGCUGGCAAAACAAAAUGUUUCGCAGUAUGCGGAGUUUCGUAAUUUUCUGCUGCUCCUGGAACAUGAUCCCGUUUACACCAUAGGCAUACGAACCAAAGGCUACACAUCGCAGGACGAGGAUCGACUGCGCAAGUUAGGCGCGGAUUUCCACCGCACAGAUCGUGGCGGCUUGAUUACAUUUCACGGCCCCGGCCAAUUAGUUGCCUAUCCAAUUGUAAAUCUGCGUCAAUUCACGCCAAGCAUACGCUGGUAUGUGGGCACGCUGGAGCACACUGUGAUUGAAACCUGCCGUCAAAUGGGCAUAGCAAAUGCGACUACCACGAAAGACACGGGCAUUUGGGUGGGCGAUCGUAAGAUUUGUGCCAUCGGCGUACACGGUUCGCGUUACGUCACAACACAUGGCAUUGGCCUUAACUGUUCCACUGAUUUGAAAUGGUUCGAUCACAUUGUGCCCUGCGGAAUUGAGGGCAAAGGCGUAACGUCCCUCAGUGAGCAGCUGGGACGGCAUAUCAGCACAUCCGAGGCGACUGACGCGUUGCUGGACAGCUUUGCGCAGACUUUUAAAUGUUGUGUGCAAGAACAAACACAGGCACGAGUCACAAAUUAACAAUAUAUACCUAUGUUUUUGUAUAUUUUAGUAAAGUAUUUAGUUG